GGCAAACACUCCAGUAUUAGCCUCCGGCCGGUGACAAAUUUCACACCGAGCUGUAAUAGUAGCGACUCCAUCAGCUCCCGUCCAGCAUGAUCAGGUGGGAAAUGAUUGACAGCGGGCUGAUCCAGGUGGAGUCAAAUGCAUUCCUGCACCAAAUUCAACCAGUCUCUAAAGAACAGAAUACAGCCAUCAAAGAGGCUGAGACUUUCAAAUGUAAUUAUGAAGAUUUUGUAGACUUCCCUAAUAAGAUUAAAAAUGUUGGCAAUUGGCUUAAAGAGCAAAACAUUCUCAUUCGUUUCAUUGACUGGAACUUGCGUGGAAUUGCUCAGGUGAUGUUUGUCAACAAUUCAUUCAGUGGGAUUAUUAUCUUGGCCGGUUUAAUUAUGCAGAAUCCAUGGUGGGCACUGAAUGGCAUUGUGGGCACUGUGUGCUCAACCCUGGCAGCAGUUUUGCUCAGUCAGAACAGAUCUAAAAUUGAAGCGGGUCUUCAUGGAUACAAUGGCAACUUGGUUGGCCUUCUGCUGGCUGUAUUUUCUAAUAAAGGAGAUUGGUAUUGGUGGCUGCUUCUACCUGUGUUUGUCAUGUCAAUUGUGUGUCCUGUGCUUUCAAGUGCAUUGACGUCCGUGAUGGAAAGAUGGGACCUGCCUGUUUUCACUCUGCCAUUUAAUAUUGUUAUAUGGAUAUAUUUGGCUGCAACGGGACACAACAACAAUUAUUUUCCACAGGUCCUUAUUCAACCCAUAAACCCACCAGUAAACACCACGUGGUCAGAACUCAGUGUUCCAAUGCUUCUGAGAGCUAUUCCAGUGGGAGUUGGACAGGUUUAUGGCUGCAACAGUCCCUGGAGUGGUGGCAUUUUCCUUGUUGCAUUAAUUAUCUCAUCUCCCAUCAUCUGCCUGCAUGCUGCAAUUGGAUCCUGUCUAGGUAUAUUGGCAGGAUUAUCUCUGGCUUCACCAUUUCAGAAAAUCUACGAUGGAUUGUGGAGCUACAACAGUGUUCUGGCUUGCAUUGCAGUGGGUGGAAUGUUCUAUGCCCUGACAUGGCAAACCCAUCUUUUGGCAAUACUGUGUGCAAUUUUCUGUGCAUAUUUUGGUGAAGCACUGAUGAACAUGAUGUCUGUGGUUGGAUUACCAGCAUGCACUUGGCCAUUCUGCCUUUCCACGACUCUUUUUCUUCUGAUGACCAGUAACAACAAGGCAAUUUAUAAAUUGCCACUCAUUAGAGUGACCUGCCCUGAGGAGAACAGGAAAUUUUACAAGGAAAUGCGGAAACAUGAACAAUAUGAAUGAACGGAUGCAUAGCUUAAAAAAUCUUGAUGGAUUAUCUGGUGUUUUGUGCCUGUACAUAUAAUAUUGCUUACCUUGUCUUUCAGUGUAUUUGACAUUUUGAUAAUAAAAGUUAAAAGCUAUUUUUUAAGUAUCAAAAAUUCUAUGAAAAUGCCAUCAUUUUGGAGUUACUUUUCAAGUUAGCUGACAGCUUUAUGUCAAAGAGACUAACUAUGAAAUAGUAAAAAGCAACUUUAGAGCUAAUAUCAGAAAGCACUUCUUUAUAUAAAGAAUGUUUAACAUUCUACUGAUAUGAAUGUCAUCUGUAUAUGAAAAUGGAGCACAUUGUUUGAAUUGAUUCCAGAGUUACUUGAAUGUUUUGAUGGGGUUGGAUUAAGCUCAUGGAUUGAUGAGCUACAUGGAUAACUAGCCUUCCUCAUCUUUACUUAGUUUAAGAUUUUAUA